UUGAACAUCCCCUCAGAAAAGCGAAGAAGAAGCUGAGGAAGGCGGGUUUGACAGCAAAAGUGAAAACGGACCAUUGAAACAACUCAAUGAUAGAAAUGAAAGCAUUAUGUUAUGGCGCAGUUCGUGCGUUUAAUAUCAUUGGCUUGAAAAAGGGGCGUCUCCAUCGGUUCGUUAUUAUAAUAUUGUAACUUGGUGCAAGCGAGCGAACGUUACCGGGCGCUACUAAGUAUUAACCGCGUGUUUUUCGAUGUAGAAGUUACGUUCAAAUGCAUGUGUUGUUUUAUGCUACAAAAAUGAUGUUUACUUCCGUACGUUUAGCGGUAAAAGUUGCUCGGUUGCAAUCACGCCUCAGUGAGCGUAGCGGCGCUGUGAUUGGCUCACGUGAUGCGGAAACGUCAUUGCAGUAAUAGUUAAUUCGUUGAAGAUAUCGUUCAAAUCGAUGCACGCUAUUCUGAAUAUAGCGAGGACAACGUCCUGUUCAUUUUCGCAGUUUGAUUUUAAAAUGUUGCUUUCUGCUUUUUUAAAGAAAAAAAAUGGCAGUAAAUUAUUAACUUCAUUAGUCCAAGGGUUCCAUAAGCAUAUCGCGACAGUAUAUUUCAAGGUCAUUGUUAAUUUCGGAAAUUUGUGCUGAAUAGUGCCAAUCAUUUUUGAGGAUUAUAUGAUCAUAACAAACAACAUACCUAUCGUGUAAUACCCACCAAGAGGCCAGAUUAAAUCAUUUCUGGUGUUUGGGAGUUGACCAUUAACUUGUACAGAUUACAAACAGUCCUUAGUUGUAAACAGCAGCUGCUCCGACAUUGUAGAUCCUGAAGCAAAGUUCACCGGCAGGCACCGGCUGCUGAUCUCCUCUCGGAAUUCUCUUUUCAAAUAUAUCUAAACAUAUAUAUAGAUUUUUUUAAUUUUAUUUUUUUACAUCUGCAGUCAUGGGUAGAGCAAGUUACUCAUACUAUCGGGGCACUAUAUUUUUGGCCAUGUUUGUUGGCUACACUCUUUACUACUUUAACAGAAAGACAUUCUCUUUUGUGAUGCCUUCGCUGAUGCAGGAGAUUGAACUGGACAAGGAUGAUCUCGGCAUGAUAACCAGCAGUCAGUCUUUGGCCUACGCUAUCAGUAAGUUCAUCAGUGGAGUGCUUUCAGACCAGAUCAGUGCCCGCUGGCUCUUCUCUAUUGGCUUGUUUGCGGUGGGAGGCAUCAACGUAGUCUUCUCCUGGUCAUCCACUGUGGCCGUCUUCUCUACCCUGUGGUUCCUCAACGGCUUGGGCCAGGGCCUCGGCUGGCCUCCCUGUGGCAGGGUGCUGCGCAAGGUAGCUCAACACUAUACAUUAAUUACUCUGCCACAUCAUACCAUUUGUGUGUGUGUGUCAGCCAACAGCAACAUGGGGUGA